CCCAGUUGUCAGCUGAUCCUCCCUCACUGGCGAGUGAGGCGGAAAAACAGCUGAAAGAAAACACCAGCUAGUUAAAACCAUGGCGGCGGAGAUUCAUUCGAGGCCCCAAACCUCUAGACCGGUCCUUCUGAACAAGAUUGAGGGACACUCAGACUCUGUCAAUGCGGCCGUUUUGAUACCGAAAGAGGAUGGAGUGAUCACGGUUAGCGAGGACCGAACCAUCCGGGUAUGGCUGAAGAGAGACAGCGGUCAGUACUGGCCAAGCAUCUACCACACAGUCUCCUCUCCAUGCUCCUGCAUGUCGUACCACCAUGACAGCAGACGCAUCUUCAUAGGCCAGGACAAUGGAGCUGUUGUGGAGUUCCUCAUCUCUGAGGAUUUCAACAAGAUGAACCAUGUCAAGACAUAUCCAGCCCACCAGAACCGUGUGUCAGAUAUGGUAUUUUCCCUGGAAAGUGAGUGGGUGGUGAGCACUGGCCAUGACAAGAGUGUGAGCUGGAUGUGCACCCAGAGUGGCAGCAUGCUGGGGAGACACUACUUCACAUCUUGGGCCUCUUGCUUACAAUAUGAUCACGAGACGCAGCAUGCCUUCAUAGGCGAUUACUCAGGACAGAUCACCCUGCUGAAGCUGGAGAGGCAGACCUACUCCACCAUCACUACACUGAAGGGCCAUGAAGGCAGUAUAGGGGCCCUGUGGUGGGACCCCGUCCAGAGGCUGCUGUUCUCGGGGGCCUCCGACCACAGCGUCAUCAUGUGGGACAUCGGGGGCCGCAAAGGGCGAACGCUACUGCUGCAGGGCCACCAUGAGCGUGUUCAGGCAGUGCGCUACCUCCAGCUGACCAGGCAGCUGGUGUCCUGCUCGGCCGACGGCGGCAUCACAGUGUGGAACAUGGACACACCCAGAGAGGAGGCUCCCCAGUGGUUAGACAGCGACUCCUGUCAGAAGUGCGAGCAGCCUUUCUUUUGGAACAUCAAGCAAAUGUGGGACACCAAGACGCUGGGUCUUAGACAGCAUCACUGCAGGAAGUGCGGCAAAGCUGUGUGUGGGAAAUGUAGUUCUAAGCGCUCCACCUACCCUAUCAUGGGCUUCGAGUUCCCGGUGAGGGUGUGUGACGCCUGCUUUGACACCAUCAAAGAAGAAGAUCGGACACCCUUGGCCACAUUCCACGAGGGGAAACACAACAUCGCCCACAUGGACAUGGACCCGUCCAGAGGCCUGAUGGUCACUUGUGGCAGCGACCGCAUCGUUAAGAUCUGGGACAUGACACAGGUGGUUGGCUGUAGCUUAGCAACAGGCUUCUCUCCUCGCUGAUUGGCCCCGCCCACUACAGGGUCCCUGCCUUCUGCCCACUCUUCCACUGUCAUGGAAACCCCUCUGUAAAUCUCCUCAUCACGCCUGGACUCAACUACACCCAGGCUUACUUGUGUUGAAUGUGUGUGUGUAUAAGUGUGUGUGUGUGUGUGUGUGUGUGAGAGAGAGAGAGAGAGUGAGAGAUGUAAAUAGCUUAGCUCUCCAGAUUCCUUUGCUAGGUCGUAACAAACCUUGCUUUCAGUUCACUAAACGUUAGUCAUACAUGAGAGUGUGUGUGUGACUGAUUCUGAUGUCUAGCUUUGGUUCGAAGCAGAACAUAAUCCUAAGCACAAUUUGUGUGUGUGUGUGUGUGUGUGUGUGUGUGUGUGUGAGUGAGUGAGUGUGCGUGUGCGUGUGUGUGUGUGUGUAGGCAUGCCUGUGUCAUAAUGUUUUCUCCGGUGGGAGGAAUGAUAUUGAUAUUAGUGUUUACAUUCAGUAUUUCUGAUUUGCUUCUUUUGACAGUGGUCAUGUUUUUUUUUUUUUUCUGUUAUCCUCGCACUGUAACAUCGGGUUUCACAUGAUUAUGAACCUGCCAUUGCUGCAAACACACACACACACACACAAGCUUCUCACUCAUUCAUUUAGCGCUUUACUGUGGCCCACUAACUGCAUUCAUCGCCAGUCAUUGUAACACUUACAGAAAAGAAACACUGCAUCUGUAUAUACCCUUGCAUUUCAUGUGUAGUAGCUGAAACUGUUCGCUGAAAAUGUCAGUUCAAUCAGUUUUGUCUCUCGGUUCCUUCUUUCUUUCUCUCGUCUCUCUUUCACUAGUUGGCCUUAAAUCACUCUCAGGAGGUUGUACAUCGGUAGGUUGUCACUGGGUGGGGCUCUUCAUGCCAGCGCUGGCCAGUAACCAACGCGUAAUGGUCCGAGGCUCCACCGGCUUUCUCUUCAUCCUGGUCGAAAUAAAUUUAAAGGAGCAGUUCACCCACAAUACAAAAAAAAGAUCAUUUCCCACUUACCUCCAAUGCAGUUUAUCUAUCCAAAUCAGAAUCAGAAACACUUGAUUGAUCCCCGAGGGGAAAUAAUUCGUUUCUGUGUGAUUCGGUGAGGUUUCCACUCUGUCUCCCUUCACUCCAGUACAGUUGGACUGGAUGGGUGUUCUUUUGUGGAGCUCUGUCAAACUGUCAAAAAUUUACGUGAAAAACUAAACAGAAAAAGACACCCAGCGUAAUCCACAGCCCUCAGGGAUCUAUUUCCCGCAGCAAGUAUUGAUUAGAGGCAGAUACAGUUUGCUGUUGUUCUUCAGCGGGAAAUAGUUCCCAGUGAAACUCUUCACCCCAAAGGGCUGUGGGUUAUGCACAGUAUUCAUGUGAUUGUUUUUGGAAACAGCUGUUCCUGUUGACUGUCUCACAUGUACAUUUUUAACAGGCAGGGAAGGUUGCGGCAACCUGGAAACCUCACCAAAUCACACAGAAACAGAAUCUAGAUGGAUGGAUUUCACUAGGGGAUAAAAUGGGAAAACAUCUAUUUUGUAUUUUGGAUAAACCGUCUCCAAAUAUAGCUCAACUUCAUCCACUUGUUAGAUAUUUCUUACUCACUUUAGAAAUGUUAACUUGUGUAGAUAGAUGACCACACACAGCACUGAUGGCGAAAACCCAAGACUCUGAUGCCUUGUGAGAUUUAGUUUUCAUGUGAGGAAAAAAAAAAAAAGUCAUUUUGUGGUGACGAAUUGGGUUUGCUCAUAUCAGAAAGGCACUUCGGUACUGAACAGGUACUUGUGAACAAAAUGUUUAUGUAGCACUAAAUGCUGGCAUGUUGAAGUUUAUCCCAGGUGAAUUGUGGGUGAAUUCAAGGCUGUGUGUGUUUCUUCAAAAGCCUUAAAGAGAGGACACACUCACAAAGCCUUUUGUAUAGUUUUCUCAAUGCUCAUGACUGUUGGCGCACUCAUUCACUCUACACUCACCUUGUUAUAAAGCUCUGGAUGUCUCUAUUUUUUUCCCCCCUGCCACCUGUUUCCCACUCAUCUGUGUCCUAAGGAGUCCUCAUAACGCUCUCGCCACUGCACUGAAUUGCACAAACUGUGGUUUUGAAAAACAUGUCUUUAAAUGAAACAAAACGUUUUUGUAAGAUUUUCUUUUUUUUUUUUUAUUUUAAUUUGGGAGAGAUAACGCUUCACAACGGCUGGAUUCGACUCAUGUAGCGUCCUUGUAAAUACGUAUGGCUAAUAUCUCAUAGUGUUAGACUAACGCUUGCCUUAUUGUAAGUGGACAAAAUGAGCAUUAUAGUGUUGGAAUUCCUGAUUUCAAACAUGUAGUCACAUUCCAGUUUUUUGAUCACGUAGUGUAUAUUUAUAUUUGUAGCGAUGUGUUUAUCUAUUCUCAUUGUAAAUGGUUGUUUACUUUUUUUUUUUUUUCCUUUUGCUGAUCAAGUAGUAGCUCCUCUUCCCCGACUUAUGAAAUACUGGAACAUGUAAACUCCCACUUCACAUGAAACACAUGCAAAUCUGGGCUGUAUUUGAUGACUAAAUCCACUGUCAGUUCGUAUAAUGUCACAUACACACACAGUCGGAGGUCGAUUUCCAAUAGCGGUAUAAAGGAAUACUCCAACAUUUCGGGUAAAAUACCCUUUUCCCAUCUUACCCAGACUGAGACAAGAUGUUUGAUUCCAUUUUCACCUCUGUAGGUCCAGUGGGUCUGAUCCGAUUAUUAGCAUUUUGUGUUAGCUUAGCAUAAACACUUGAAGUCUAUGGGAGUUGUUAGCCUGGCUCCAUCAAAAUGAAAAAAUAACCCUUAAAACCACUCCGAAGCUGUCUUUAUCAUGACACCAUUACUCUUCCAUAUUAUCAAGUUCUUAGGCCAAGACUAUGUGAGUUUACAUGAUAUUAUGAUUAGAGUUGGACUGAUAUUGGUAGCGAUAUUUAGGGCCCGAGCACUGGAACAGUGCGAAGCCCUAUUGUUAUUUGGACUUGACGUUGCUGAUAGUUAGACUAAAUAUUCAGUACUAGUAUUCAAUUUAAAUCUUGACUGUUUGAGACCCAAGAAGUUCCCCAGAAUUUACAAGGAUACAGUGCCUCCCCUUAUUGUUUAUUUAUUUAUUUGUUUGUUUGUUUGUUUUCGGGGGAACUCUGUGAUUAAAAUGAAUUAAUUUAGAAAAUACAUUUAUCACAACAGCUAUUUUGAUGUGAAAUAGUAGGAGAAACCGAGGUGUUAUGAAUAACAUUAAUUAAGGGUAUGUUCCCUUUCAGUCUAACAGAGCUAGGGUCUUGGUAGGAAAGGUCCCGGUACAAUCACGGUUCAAUCACAGUUCUAUUAAAUGAAUAAAAUGAGUAAAGAAAAAUAAAAAUUGCAGGCUAUUUUAAUGCAGCUAACCUUAAUAUUUUAUCAGAAGUGGAUAACAUCGACUAGCUUAUAUCCAACCUUUAAUCAAUGGCCAGUUUUUGCAAAUCAAUGUAUUGGCCUAACCUGAAUAUAAAGUCCUAGAAGAAUUCACGUCACUCAUAGUCAUCAGGGAUUUACAGGGUUAUCAACGAUGCUGCAGUACAAUCAAGAUGCAAAUCCGUCCUCUUCUGUUUAUGUUUAUUACAAAUUAAAACCUCCGCUCAUUGAUUCUUUUCAUUAACAGAUCUGCCUUGCUGAUAAAAGGCUUUAUGCUCAAAGACUGACUGUGGGAGCCUGAUGGACAAGAAAUAAGAGAUAUGACUGAUGGCAUUAUCUGCUCUUCUGAUAACAAAGGAAAUAAGUAAUGAGUCAGAUCGUGAGAUGUGCAGCCCAUCAGAGGCGGGAAGGGAUGGAUUUUGUUCUGUUGUAAAUGCUUUGUUUGAUCUGGUUCCAGUUCAUCUGAGUCAUUUUUCUUUCUUCAGAUGCAACACUUCCAAGUCAUUUUUUUCUCUUUUUCUCUGGCUCAGUUCAUCAAAUGCAUCUAGGCUUUGCAAAUGGCUAUUUUUAUUUUAUUUUUUUCACAUCACCAGUGCCCAUAUCGCUGAACUCUGUAAAUUGAUUUCUGUUGUUUGGUUCGUCUUUUCCUCUUCUAACUGUAAAAAAAAAAACAAACAAAGAAAAGAAACACUUGGUGUUCCAACAUGAUGUUGUUAAUGUAUAUCUCAAAUAAUUGUAUUUUUAAAGAAAACUUUUGUUGACAAUACAGUACUGACUUUAGUCUCUCUGUGCCUUCAACCAGGGCUCAGAGAGGAAAGAAUUGAUGCUUAAUAAAGAUAUUAUGACAUGUUA